AUGAGAUUUUGUUGUAGCAAAGGCGACCGGCUCGACGGCGACGAGCAGCCGUCGCGUCCGGUGAGUGUCAGAAAGAGCCACGCAGAGACGAGCAUCCCUCCAGCUAAGCCGAACACACCCCCGGCCAAACCAGACCUGUGGAAAGAGGCCUAUGACGGUCUGAGUAAGGAACGCAAGGAGUACGUCUCAGUGGCUGGAACAAAGUCAACUACAGACGUCAUCGACAAUGUCAUCAACCAGACCAAGGAUAAAUACAGCGAGUGGAAAAAUGGUGGUCUUAAGAUCCGACGAAAGGAUGGUAACGACAUCAAUGUUCGUGAUACUGCGGAAAGGAUUCUAAACGCUGCCUUGCAGGCCAAGGACCUGAUCGCCAAUGUGGCCGCAUUUGACCCGACUGGCAAGGCAUCGGCCGCAUGGACUGUCGUGUCUUUUGGCCUGACAAUGGUCCAGAGCGACAUCAAACGUCGGGACGCCGUCUUCGAGGCGUCAGAGUUUCUCGCCGAGACUCUCGCCUACUACACGCUGGUUGAUGCCCACUAUCGAGACCAAAAGGUUGCAGGGGGCCAGAACUUUGACCGUGCACUCGUUCGAGUCUAUACGGCGAUCUUGAACUAUACUGCCGAAGUGAAUAAAGUCCAAAACGAGAACGUCGGUACUCGUAUUUACCAUAGUAUCCUUGCUAUUUCCAGCGAGAACCUUGAGCAAUUGAAAGGAACGGUUGAGGAGGAGCGUCUAGGCGCAGAGAAGUGGGCAAACUUCACUAACACCCUUCGGAGCCGCGAGGCGGCUCAAGACACCCUCAAUCUAUUAGAUGAGUCUAUUGGCAUAUUGAAGAAUGUCAACUCCAAAGUGUUGAGCGAUGAAGAAUACAAGGUCUUAGACUGGGUGUCAACUGCACCGUUCUCUGACGCGCAAACGAGAGCCCAAGGGAACCGGGCUCCCGACACGGGAAACUGGCUUCUUGAGAUGAAAGAGUAUAAAGAUUGGAAAACAUCGCCUGGCAGUAUUCUCUGGCUCCCCGGAAUUGUGGGCUGCGGGAAAUCCGUCCUCUGCUCUACGGUCGUGCAGGACAUCGAAAGUCUCUGCAAGGAAGAUGCGUCAAAAUCCCUGGCAUAUUGGUACUUUCAGUUCAGUUCUGAUAAAUCGCAAAGCGUGGACCGUAUGAUGAGGUCUUUCGUUCGACAACUUAGUCGGACGCCACUUUCACCAUCCGUCAGCGCAACCUGGGAGGAGCAUAGCAGGAAAGGAAGCCAACCGGACCGCAAAACGACAAUGAGCAUGCUCGACGGCGUACUAUCAAGCCUACCCGGAGACGUUUACAUUGUUCUUGACGCCCUGGAUGAAUGUCCACAAGAGCCGAGCCGCCGGGAACGAGAAGGGCUUCUGUCUUUGUUGGUCAGUAUUGCCGAACGGUACAAGGAAAACAUUCAUAUAUUGGCCACAAGUCGGCCAGAGCAGGAUAUAAGCCAGACAAUGAAGAGAUUUCCGUCGCUCAACCUGGAGCAGCGACUGGCCAAGGAUGUGGAAACUUUUGUCCGCGCCCAGCUCGACGGUGGAAGUCUGCAUGAUCUGGAUGCGAACACGAAGCUGUUGGUAAUUGACACUCUAUUGCUCUCUCGAGAACGGCGCUUCCGUUGGGCCGAUCUGCAGGUUAAGAGGCUGGAGGAUUGUCGAACAGACGACGAUAUCAAGGACGCAUUGCGCACAAUCCCAGACUCACUCGAAGCCACCUAUCAAACCAUUAUUGACAAUAUGGCAAAACGAGAUCGGUCCAUCGCACGUGAGAUUCUGAUUCUCAUGUGCUUUUCUGCCGCGCCACUGGAUUUGCAAACUGUGGCUGAUUCGGUGUCACUCCGGUCUUCAAGUCAUGUCAUGAAAAUCUGUACUACAUCAUUGCUCAGCACAUCAGGUGAAGAGGUUCGAUUGGCCCACUUUUCAGUGAAGGAAUUCCUGGUCUCGCCAGAUGCGGAUGAGUGUGAUUGCCGUUUCACAGAGGGUGCUGCGAAGGAUCACCUGGCGCAGAAGACGGUCAACUGCAUUUCCCGCCAGACCGAGGAAUUGAAACAAGAAAUGGCAAUGAAAAAGCCUUUCCUGGCUUAUGCUUCCUGUCACUGGCAAGCGCACGUCGCAGCUCUUGGAGAUUUCAAUCCUCAAAACACGGAUCUGUUACGCAAGGUAAAUGCCCUGUUCACCGAGCCAACGGUGUACUUCAAUUGGUCGCGCAUAGCAGACAGUUAUGCGAUUACCGAUGACAACCAAUGGAACAAGCUCCGCAGCGAAUGCAAGCCAGCUAUCUAUAGGGCUACUGAAAUGGGGUUAGGAGCAGACCCUUUGGAAUCCUGGAAGAGCUCAUGGUGUCCAUUAGAACGUGCUGCCCUUGACGGCCGCUUGAAGAUAGUGGAGUUGCUUUUGAGGAAGGAUCUUACAAUCUCCACCGAACUUGGUAAGGAUUUGAUCGCCCUCGUCAGGCACGAUGUGGAAGGAGAACACAGACUGGAAGCCGUUCUGAAGGCCUUGUUGGACCUGGGGUUUCUACAAGAUACAACACAAGGCUCCAGCGAGUCUAUAUCAGAGGACAUCGUUCGUCGCGCGAUGUUAAAUCAAGAUUCAGGAUUGUUAAUCCUAAAUAUCUUGCUCGAUUGGCGAGAUAAGGGUCUGGUAUCCGUACCCAUCACUGGCAACAUUAUACGGUGCGCCGUCGUUUUUUCAAGACCCGCAGAGGAAAUUCUUGAUUUGCUCUUUGAAAGAUCUCAGGAGGAGCCCUAUAUUUCCCCUACCAUGUUUAUCGACACGGGAGGGCUGCCGUUAGUCUUUGACGGCAUCGCUGCUCUUGCACGGCGGCGACCGACUAAGCUUCCUCUCUCGGGCGCCCUUCUGGAAGGAAUGGCCAUGAAGUGUGACUCUGCCACCAUGGAUACCCUGCUUCGGGCUCGUCCCGAAAUCAAAGUGACAGAGAGGAUGUUGCUGGCUGCUGCACAAAAUUACCUGGGUGUAGAUAUGCUUAAGUUGCUAUGGCCUCUUCGGGAACCCGGUGCAUCGAUUACCGAGGAUGUCCUGGCUAGCGCCGCAAGGAGCAGAUCAUCCAUUAUCUUAGGAUUCCUAAUCCAUGAACUUGGACCGCCUAUUCGGUUGACCGAAAAAGUUAUGGAAUGUAUCAUAGGGAACUGGGAGUGUGGGUUGUCCAUGAUGGAGAUGAUCCUGGGAGACCCGCGCGUCACAUUCGAGGUGUCCGAGCUGUUAAUUUCAAUUGCUGCUUCGACAACCCAAGCUCCGCUAGAAAUGCUAGACAUGCUAGUCAAGAAUAGCGAGGUCGAAGUGAGGAUUACCGAGGACAUAGUAUGCGCAGCUGCAGGAAAUAUCAACCACGCAUCAUCUGUCCUUGAAUAUCUCUCCCACCUAGAGGCCCAUCCCCUCCCUGUUACCGAGAAUGUAGUCAUAGCUGCGAUUCGGAGCGAGAAGACUCUAGAAAUACUGAUCGAAAAAUUUCCUGAUGCUCCCAUCACUGAUCGUGUUUUUCUCGAGGCUUGUUUAUAUGCCGACCGGAUGCGCCUGCUUCUAGACCAACCUCAUGCUGAUCUCCCAAUUGAGAAAAUGCUGAAGAAGCUUUCCACCGGCGAUCGAGCUUCUUCCGAGGUGCUUGACCUGCUGUUUGAACGAAACUUUCUGACUGUCAAUGAACAGCUGGUGGAAACCUUGGCCGGAAGCUAUCGGUCGUUGAAUACACUGUUUAAUCAAAGACCAGAUGCUCCAAUCACGGAAAGAGCGGUAUCUCAAGCGGCCCAAGAUCCCCGAUCGAUACGUCUAUUGUUGGACAAGCGGCCCAGCGACGUCAAAAUCACGGAGCAGGUUAUGAUUUCUACGACCAGGUCAGAAUACUGCAUGGAGAUUAUCCAAGCCAUCUCAUAUCGCACGGGAUCAGUUCCUAUCACCGAGAGACUCUUCCGAGAGGCCAUGAGCUUUGGCCAGACCGACGUGUUGAAAUGGAUGCUUGCCCAGCGGCCGGAUAUGAACAUGACCGUUGAAAGCCUCUUUCAGGAAGUUUGGCAGGAUAGCAGUCUACAUUGCGAAAACAGGCUUGCUAUGUUGAUGGUACUGUACAGCCAUUCGGGAGUGCCAGAAAUUUCGGUAUCUUUGCUCGAGAAUUACCCAUAUAGUGCAGAGAAUAAGGAAAACUAUGACUUCGAUAAGUUUGUCGAAGCGUUUUGGGACCUAGAGGUGCCCGGAAGCGAACGAGUGGCUGAGAUUAUCUUUGAACGAUGCAAUGUUCCAACGGUGCAGGAGUUCUUGGAAGACAGGCCUAAACUAACGAUCACAGACUCCCUGGUUCAGGCUGCUGAGAAAAAUGUCAUAGCAGAUAGAGAGGCUCUGAUGUCGCUCCUGGAGAAAAGAAAGUAAAGCUAGAAACGUCACAGGUUGGCAAGACCAGCUCACAGAUAUCAGAACGCUUGGCACGAUCCGUAUGUAGAUAGCCACAAAUGUACAUAUUCCCAUCGGAACCGCACUGGUUUGUUUCGGUAGAAGGUUCAUGCUAUUGUCUAAGCUUUUGACUAGCCGCCUGAUCCUAUUUGAUAUUGUUCCUUGCCUACUGACAAUACCAUGUGGUGCCUGUCUCGCCAGCCAACCGGCUCAUAGUACCCUUCUGUUGAACAUAAGGAUCUUGCAGGUUAGAAGGUGACAUUUGAUUUGGUCCGAAUGCC